ACGAACAAGUAUGUAUAAAACUGGUGAGUGGUCUUCUGAAUUCAGUUGCUAACGCUAUCAACAUGGGUCAAGAAGUGCUGCUACUCGUUCAUCCAAAUGCAAAGUUCAUGGUCGCAUAUUUGCUCUUAGCUUUUACCAUUACAGCAGUCUCUGCAAGACCACAGUUCUUUCCGGCGGAAUCGGUUGAGAGCACAGGGGAGGACGAAAUCGAAGGAAGACAUUUUUUCCACCGUCAGCCUUAUAACCACAGACGUCCUUUCACCGGACAUCGUCCAUUUGUAGGUCCUUUCAGCUCUUUCUCCGGAGGAGGCCUACAUAACAGUGGUCUGUUCUCGCCAAGUGCCGGAAAUUUCGAACCAAGCGGCCAGUUCUUUGGACCAAAUAUUGGAGGUGGUUCAGCGACUGCUCUCGGAUUCGCGAACACAGGAAACGGAGGAGGUUCGGCAAUUGGUUUUGGAUCAGCAGGAAACGGCGGAGGACAAGCCACUGGAAUCGGCAUCGCUCAAGCACCUCUGGGCGGCUUUGGUAUGGGAGUUGGUCUGGCAGUUGCCACGCCAUUUGGAAACACAGCUCAAGGACAAGCAUUUUCAUUAGGAUAACUCGCUAGAAAAUAAAUGAUAACUCUCUGAUUCAGCCAAACAUUUACUAUUUGAUCUGCCAUGUCAAGGAAUAGCAAACAAUGGCAACCAACAGUAAAUCUAGAAUAAGAGCAUCCCAAAACAUUUCACACAGUGUAUUUGAUGUGCAAAUAUAACUUACAGCCAAAUGACAAAGAAGUUGUAAUAUUGUAAGAUCCAUUCACCUAAGUUGACAUAAUCAAUAGAUGUUUAGCGUUCAAGCUGGGAUUUUUGAA